AUGUCCCGAAAUCAAUUGCCAGAUUCGUCGUCUUCGCCGCCCAUUAGCCAUUUACCCUUCCACAAUUUCGACGAUGAUCUGAUCAACGAUUUGCCCUCCUGCAUUUAUGCGGGUCAGCAUCAAGGCGGAGGCGCCACCGGUGGAGGUGGUGGAUCGGGAGGUGCCGGUGGCAGUUCUGGACUGCGUCUGAGCUCCAACAACCUGCGUCACAUCCAGCAGCAUUAUAUGCAACAUAGCGGAGAAAAUCUACUUGACUCCUCUACCAACCCAAUGGGGGUGCACAAUUCCGGGGGAGGAGCGCCCUUAAUGUGCAACAGCCCCAGUGCCAGCAGCAGUGGAGGAGGUUGCGGCAACGCAGGAUCUGCUACUCCUGGCGGUGCAGGUGGUCCCAAUCCUGGAUAUGGAUCCGUGGGAGCUGCAACUGCGUCCAGCUACAAAAUGCAGCGACAGGCGGCCAAUGUGCGGGAAAGGAAACGCAUCCAGAGGUCCGCCCCAACUGGCAGCAUCAAUUCGGCUUUCGAUGAGCUAAGGGUCCAUGUACCCACAUUUCCGUACGAGAAACGUCUGAGCAAGAUCGACACUCUGCGGCUUGCCAUCGCCUACAUAUCUCUGCUCCGUGAGGUACUACAAACCGACUACGAUCCCCUAACCUACGUGGAGAAGUGUCUGCGCGGGGAGAUCAAAGCGGACAGGGCCAAUUGGAAUACGAGUGAUCUCACAGCUCGUCUGUCCUGGAUCAACUGGGAGAAUCUCGGAGUACAUCCUGGUAGGCGAACCCUGCUUACCUCGUUGGCUCUGUCCUCGGAACCCAUGUGCGGAGCUCAUUGCGGAAUGCCGUAGAUUCACCCUAUAAAUUUGAGCCUUAGCCCAUCAACUGCUGAAAGCACUUAC